UAGAAUUAUUAUUAAUUGCCAAAGACAAAACCAACUUAACCGGCCGUGAAAAGGAAAUAGAACAUUGUCUAGAAAAAAUAAACCCGGAUAAUUUGGUGGACGAGUUGGCUAAAAUAAGUUCACCGGAAUUUUUAUCCUAA